CAGUCGCUGACUGGGACGGCUUUUCAUAAUGAAAUGAGCUUUAUAGGAAGCGUAUGACGCUGGGGAUUAUUUGAGAAGUGAUUUUUCUGCAAAACAGGACGGAUACUCUCUAGUCAUGAGGACGGGUCAUGUGGAUAGAAGAUGGCUGUUUAUUUGUGAUAGUGAUGUUAAGGAGUUAUUUGUCAGGUCGUAUUUGGUGGUGGUAUUUUUAAUUUUUCUUUUACAUGCUGAAAAUAACUGGAAUUACACCGCCUGCUGUGUUAAUGUCAGAUGCUAGGAGGAACUUCAUAUCUGGCAUUGCUGUGUAAAUAAUGUUUUAGUUUUUCAGUCAGAACAAGCGGGUUUUUUUUUUUUUUUUUUUUAAUUGCCAGUGUUACUGGCGUUCAUGUCAACAACAAGCAACUGGGGGCAAAGCUAGCGACGUGUUUAUCGUUUAAGUCACAUUGAAUGACUUCUUGUUGGAAAUAACAAUAUUUGUUUUCCCUUAUUGUUUGUGAAUUAUUGAUUACAACCAGCAUCAUCAUUAUCAUUUUGCCGGGUUCAUGUCGUUUGGUUAUACUGCUAUAUUCAUAUAGAAAGAGGGAGAGAGAGUGCGCAGAAGAGAGACUGUGUCAUGGCUGGGUUAUUCUGUUAAACCUGUCUGGGUGACUAUUUGACGGUGCUUUUUCCCCAUGUCACUCUCACAGCACCAAAUAUGAUUAGUUCACCAGAUCUGGUAGCUUUCACGGAAGAGGAUUACUUCGGAGACACGUAUGUGGAGCCUAACUCGCUGCCAGAAGAGUUCUGGCUGCCUCUCUUCCCCUAUGCUGGAAAUGCCAACCCUUGGUCAAAGGCUUCCUUUGCCAAAUUCACCAAGGACUUCAUUCUCAUCUCCGAGUUUUCUGAACAAGUGGGGCCCCAGCCACUGCUGACCAUCCCAGACGACCCCAAAGCCUGGGGCACCUUUGAUCUCAAUUACUUCUCCCUCAGGAUUAUGUCAGUGGAUUAUCAGACCUCCUUUGUGGGGCACCCUCCGGGCUGCGGGUACCCCAAGCUUAACUUCGUGGAGGACUCCAGAGUUGUGCUGGGUGACUCCAAAGAAGGGGCUUUUGCCUACGUCCACCACUUAACCCUUUACGACCUGGAGGCCAGGGGCUUCGUGAGGCCUUUCUGCAUAGCCUACAUCUCCGCUGAUGAAGAUAAGAUCAUGCAGCAGUUCCAGGAGCUCUCUUCUGAGUUCACCAAGGCAUCAGAGUGCCUGAAGACCGGAAACCGGAAAGCCUUCGCCAGCGAACUGGAAAGGAAACUGAAGGACCUGGAGUACACCAGGACCGUGCUUCACGAGGAAGCCGAGCUGCAGAAGAAAGAGAACGGCUGCUACGCAACCCAAUCGAUAGAGAAAGCCAAUGAGCUGGCUAACGUGGAGAAAUCAAUCUACGAGCACAAAGACCUUUUAAAGCAGGUCACGUCCUACCCUAACAGAAAAUUGAAGGAUCCUGAUUUCCUCCCUUACGAACCUGAACCUCUUGGAGUGGAUCAGGACCAGAUCUCCGGUGACUCUAAUCCUGAAGACCCUUUGGACGACCCCAGCAGUGCACGCAGGCCGUCUUACACCCCUCAGUUCAUAAAGGCAAAAUCGACCAAAUGUUUCGACAAGCGCUUGAAAACGCUGGAAGAGCUCUCUGACGUCUACUUCUUCAAUCAGACCAUGGACCAGCUGGCUCAAAUCGAGAAGACCUUCAGGGGCGACCUCUGCUACAUCUCUACCAGCCAGAUCGACACAGCUCUGUUGAAGCAGCAAAAAAUCACCAACUUUCUGUUCGAGGUUUUCAGAGAUUGGGAGGAGGAAUCUGAAAAGCCCCAGUAUGGUCAAAUGCUAGCCCCCGACAAUGAUAACUCUUCCAAUCCUGCCCCCUCUAACGAGCCCGCCAGCCUGGAGUCAUACACGUCCUGCGUGGAGACCGUGCUUAUUAAAAUGGAGCAGGACAUCAGUGAGGAAGGGCAGCAGGAGACAGAGUCCAGCCUUUGUGACAUCACGCAGGACAAUUCCGAAGAGUGCCUGGAAGCGGAUAUGAAAGACAGUGUAAGCAGCGGAGAGAGCAUCGAAGUGCUGGGGUCAGAGAGAUCUUUCCCUGCUCAGGGAUCCUUCAUCCAAUCGGAGAGCCAGGCGAGUCUGCCGGUGCAUUACCCCGAGGUGGUCCGAAGGAAGGAGGUGAGCAAGAGGACAAACAGCGAGGAUAGCAUCGAAGUGCUGAGCACCACAGACUCGAUCACACCCGAGGAUCUGAGGGCAUCCUGCCCCACCUCUAUUUACGAGGAGGGGCCUUACGGUGACAGCUCUGAAAAGCACAUUUACCAGUCUCCAGCUUUGAGCCAACAGCAGGUGGACUCCGGAGUGAAGGAUGCAGGGGGAGUUGAAAAGGAGGCCACAGAGCAGGCUGAUCCUGCCUGCUGCAUCGGGCAGGAGGGCCCCCGCUUCGAGGAGCCAGCCCCUGAGCUCGGCCAGGAGUGCAGUAACAGCGGAUUGGUGAAGGUGGCUCCCAGGUCAAGCAUAGCGGAAGAGCAAGGCCCGGGUGUGGAUGAUGGAGGGUUUGCCUCCGCUGACGGGGCUCCGGAGGGGUCGCCUUCGUACAAAUUGAACCUCACUUAUCUCUCUGACGAGGUUGCCAGGCUGGAUGUGGACGAUUUUUCUGACAGCACGAGCUUCAUGAGCGACUCCACCAGCUCUGAGCGGGCUGCUUCUCCCUUCCUCUCAGGCAAUCCCAUCACUGUGAAGCACAAGAGGAAAGCCGGGCAGGGUGCCCUGAGGUUUAUCAGGGAGUACCCGUUAGCCCAGCAAGCCAUAUUCUGCUUGCUCAGUGGGAGGACACUGGUAGUGAUGGGCGCAGACGAAGAAAAGGUGAGAAAGCUGGUGAACGCCCUGAUCAUCUUCGUGCCGAACCUGGGCAAGUAUGCGGAAACUGUAAAGCCCUGGCUGACCUCCCCCUUCCAAAUCACAGAUCUGCACAGCUGGAAGCUCAUCGGCCUGCACAGGGUGGCCUCUCCCACUGGCUCCAGCAUGCUGUUUUCCCUGAACCGCUACAGCCGCUACGUCAGCAUCCUGGACGCGGAUCACAAGACCCUGCGCUGCCCCCCCUACAAGGGCACGCUGAUCAGCAAGCUGGCGGACCACUGGACACAGAUCAAGUGUGGCAGCACCUACUUCAUGCACGUGCAGAGCAUGUUGAGCCAGCUCUGCUCCAAGGCCUUCCUCUACACCUUCUGCCACCACCUGCACCUCCCCAUCCACCCGGGCGAGGGAGACGCCUCAGUGGCAAGCCGGCGGAUGGGCUUCCUGCAGCACCAGCUGGGCGUCUCGGGCGAGGACUUCAAGAUUGUGCAGUUCCUAGGCGAGCUCAUCAAACUGCACUACCUUCAGGGGCCUGGCAAGGGGGGCACCCCUCCUGUCUUCAGAUUUGACUACACCACCAGCUUUCUAUAUAAGAUCUAAGAAUGGCUGGCAUUCCUUGAAGAAAUUGUUUGUGUUGGAUGAGCCUGCUUGAUUCGGCAGGCUUUAAGAUGAAUGAAUGAAUGAAUGUAAGUUAUGUGUGGUAUGGUAGUAUUUUUUUUAAUGAUCCCUUGAAUGUGUUUUUCCAGAAUAAGGCAGGCGCUGCUAUUACUGCAGAU